AUGGCUUCUCCUUCGAGAAUCCCAUCUGAACAGCCCCCUAGGUCUGCUUCGCCCUCGAGCUUCCGACCUCGAUCGAUUUCCGCUUCGGUCCCUCGAGCUGAUUUGACAGCACGUCUUGCUUCUCCCAUCCCGUCACAACUACUUGGAACUACACCUCCCAGAGGUGGCUCGCCACGACCUGAUGCAGCUCCACGUGCCGAGAAUCUCGAGGAUUUGUCCCAGUUGCCUGGAGGCGGGACUAGCGCCCAAGGACCUGGUGUAUCUGCUCUCGCCGCUGCACUCUCCAAUUCUCUAGGCCAGUCUCCUCCCCGACAUGGCACUCCCGCAGCUCGCGUUGCUACUCCCCCGAUUCGCUCACAGUCUCCUCUGCUCGGCGGUCGAAAUUCGGGGACACCGACCAACUAUGGCUCUUUCAAUUCACGGUCACAAAAUGCGCUGGGCACCAGUGCACCUUACGAGGAUCCUGAGAUUGUCAAGCGUCAUCUAGUCCAACCCUCGGAUGAAACCCAGGCUCAGAAGAGUCAUCAAUUCAAGGUAAUUCGAAGGGCAAGCAACCAGCCGAAAUCGGCGGUGCUGGACUGGGCGAGGACGAGUUCUCCAGCCUGA